UUAGAUAUUAUUAAUAUAUACUAACAACAUAAAAUGGUUAAAGCCGUUUGUUAUUCAAAAAAUUUACUAUUGCUUUAUUCUUGCCUAUUGAUUGAUUGAUUGUUAACAAUCAAUGCAAAAUGAGUGGAAAGGAUUGUGGAGCCGAAAUCCUUGGAAAUGGCUGGCAGGAAUGUGCCAGCUGGCUCAUAAGAUGUGGAGCAUUGAGAUCCGAUCAUAAAGCUAAUUGGCCUACAGCUACAGCUGUAGAUCUUGCAUAUAUUUUGAGAGAUGGAGUUUUGCUUUGUAAUCUUUUAAAUACAAUCGAGACAGGCUGUAUAGAUAGCAAAGAUGUCAAUCAAAAACCUCAAAUGGCUCAAUUUUUAUGUUUACGUAAUAUAAAUGCUUUUUUGUCCGCCUGCACCAGUGUAUUUGGUUUAUCCGAAUCUGAUCUUUUUGAGCCAUCAAUGCUUUUUGAUCUUUCUAAUUUCCAUAAAGUUUUAUGCACCCUGUCUGUAUUAUCAAAUUCUGUUGCUUUUAAUAAUAAAGGUAUAGAGGGUUUUACUGUAAAACGAGGACGAUCUCAAGAAGAUAUUUAUAAAUAUUUACAAAGUGCAGGAGUAGGGCGAGAGGAUGAGAGUCGCCGUAGACGAUUUAGAAGGCGCGAGGGCGGCGCUACUCCCGAUGAAGGACACACCGGUGAUAUCGGUAGCAAUGAUCCGGUCGCCGAGGAAGAUGGUUAUGGGGCCUUCUGCAGUCAGGCGCGUAGCGAGGAAAUCUACCAGGAUCUGUGUAGCUUGCAUCUGCCACCUCCUUCGUCAACCUCACAGGGGGAAGCGGCUGCGACAACGGGAGGUGAAAAACGCGAUUACGUGGUGCAAGAGCUAGUAGAGACUGAGCGGAAUUAUUCCGAGGUGCUAAAUAGCUUAUUAAAACAUUUCGCGAGGCCAUUGUCAACUCAUCUGCGACCCGAGGACUCGGCACGUAUAUUUUUUGGUAUCAAAGAUUUAGCCGAGAUCCAUGCCGGGUUUCACAGUCAAUUAAGGAAGGCGAGGGACGGCGCCGCUCUUGGACAAGUAUUUCUGGAUUGGCGAAAAAGGUUCCUUAUUUAUGGUGAUUAUUGCGCGAACCUAACUACGGCGCAGAAUACCCUUCAUGAGGUUUGUGCGAACAACGACGGUGUGAACCAAGAAGUUAUUAGAUGCCAACAAGAAGCCAAUAAUGGAAAAUUUAAAUUACGCGACAUCUUAUCCGUCCCGAUGCAAAGGGUAUUGAAGUAUCACUUGUUACUCGAUAAACUAGUGGAAGAAACACCGCGAGAAUGGAGCGAAGAUAGGCGCCAGCUGACCCAAGCUCGCGAAGUCAUGGUGGAUGUAGCCCAAUAUAUUAAUGAAGUUAAACGUGAUUCCGACACGCUUGAUAUUAUCAAAGAUUUUCAACGUUCAAUAGUAGAUUGGGAGCGAUCUGAGGAUAUUCAAUUGAAGGAUUAUGGAAGACUUUUAAAAGAUGGAGAGCUCAAGGUUAAGGCUCACGGGGAUCAGCGAAUAAAAGCACGAUAUGCGUUCAUCUUUGAGCAGGUCGUUUUGGUGUGUAAAGCCGGUAGAGGCGAUCAAUAUUGUUACAGAGAGACUAUAAAACUUGACGAGUAUCGGGUUGAGGAUCACACGAGUAGACGAACGCUUGGGCGAGAUUCACGCUGGUCGUAUCAGUGGCUCCUCGUACACAAUAAAGCUUAUAAAGCUUACACGUUGUACGCGCGCACGGAAGAGCACAAACAGUUGUGGAUUAAAUCUUUACAAGAUGCCAUAGAUAAUAUUUCUCCGGCUGCCUGUCGUAAUACGAAUCAUAAAUUCAAGCUUACGACCUUCGAUAGUGCGCGCAGCUGUGAACGAUGUGGAAAGUUCCUUAAGGGAAGGAUUUUUCAAGGUUACAGAUGCGAGGUUUGCCGAUUAUCGGUGCACAAGCAGUGCAUCACGUACUCCGGACGUUGCAUGCCUGUACCGCCGCCACCUCCGCCGCCGCCGUCCCCACCACCGUUACCAUUUGAACGGGAAUUAUUUGCUAAGCUUUGGUACGUGGGUGAAAUGGAUCGCGAUGCGGCUGCUCAUAAAUUGGAACCACGCGAGAAUGGAACUUACAUGGUUAGACUUCGUCCAGCAUCUGGACAACCUCGCCUUAAGCACGAGACGAAUUAUGCUUUAAGCAUAAAGGACGAUGGUGUAGUAAAACAUAUUAGAAUAUUUAAACGCGAAGUUGAUGGAGCUGAUCUAUACUACUUGAGCGAGUCUCGUUUUUUUAAAAGUGUUAUAGAACUGAUUGAAUACUACAAGCGCGUAUCAUUAUCGGAAAAUUUUGAGAAAUUAGAUCAGCGACUACUUUGGCCAUUUAGACGUGUCUUGGUUAAGGCUUUGUUUGAUUUUCGAGGCGACGAACUUAAUCAACUUAGUCUUCGUAAAGGUUGUCGGGUGGUCGUUUUAAGCAAAGAAGGUGAUGCCAAAGGAUGGUGGAAAGGAAAAAUCGGCGAUCAAGUCGGUUUUUUCCCUAAAGAGUAUGUGGAAGAAGAAUUAUAGUCGCUAAAGCAAAAUCAAUUAUGGAUUAUCAGUAGAUAUAUGUAUUUAAU